CCCUAACCUUAGAUUUUUGAUUUUGAUCUUGGAUUGGCUUGAGACGAUCCUUGAUCCGUUCCGUUCCGUUUGUAGUUUGCAUCGUUCAAGCUCAAUUAAAUGUCUGUGUAUUAUUUCUCAGUUUGAAAGUAAAUUUUUAAGCAAAGAUGGGCACUAAUCAACAAUUAUCAGCUGUCGAAUCCGAACUGUACGAUCGCCAAAUCAGAUUAUGGGGCGUUAAAUCGCAAGAAAGACUACGAGCUGCCAACGUGCUCCUUAUCGGAGUUAGGGGUCUAGGAUCAGAAAUUGCCAAAAAUAUCAUUUUAUCUGGCAUCAACUCCUUAGUUAUUUUGGAUGAUGGCAUUGUUUCCGAAGAGGAACAACAAAAGAACUUUUUUUUGACUCGUAAUGGUAUAGGGAAAAAGAUUGCUGAAGAAUUUAUCAUAAAAGCCCAACUACUCAAUCCUUUGGUCAAACUUACUGCCGACACAUCAGACCCGACAACAAAAGAUUCGAAAUUCUUCGAAGGCUUCACUAUGGUCGUAGCUACCCGCAUAAAGACUGAAUUUCUCAUGCAAAUUGAUAAAAUCUGUAGGGCCAGCAAAAUCAAGUUGAUUUUUGGAGAUGUCUUUGGAUCAUUCGGCUACUCUGUCAGCGAUUUUCAAGAACAUGAGUAUUAUGUGGAUCAAAUUAAAAUUUUUCCAAUAAAACGAUCUCAUAGUGGUAUAAGCACAAAGCCAGUAAAUGAAAUUGUUAAAGUCAAAGAUCAAUUUAUUUUUCCCGAGUUAAAAGAAGUACUUAUCAUGCCAAAUACCAAGCAGAGUCUCGAUCAUAUUAAACAAAUCAGGAAAAUGAAUCCAUAUUAUUAUUUGAUGCUGAUUCUAUUGGAAUUCCGCAACAGACAAGGUCGUAACCCUGAAAUCUCUAACAAAAUCAAAGACGUGGAGUUAUUGAAAGUCAUCAAAAAGGAGAUUCUAAGUGAUUUUGAUGCAAAUUGUGUCGAAAGUAAAUUAGGUGAUGAUUUAUUUGAACUGGUUUUUGCUGAAGUUGUACCAGUUUGUGCUAUAGUAGGUGGAGUAAUUGCUCAGGAAGUUAUCAAGGCAGUGUCUGGAAAAGAAGUCCCUAUUUAUAAUGUGUUUUUGUUUGAUCCCUUAACUUUUACUGGUAAAGAACAACCUAUUAAAACCACUAAGCAACAUUAAAUUGUUUAAUUAUGUAGGUUUUUUAAGUAUACUUACUAUUAUUUCUUAUAUUUGUGAUUUUUGAUACAUUAUUUUUGUAAAAUUAAAAUGUGAAUUUUGUGUA